AUGUCAUCUCCAUCUUCAAGCAGCUCCGCAAAGAGGAAGCGAUCCACUGCCCCCUCCGCAGCAGCUGACCUACAGCAACCCUUAUCGAGGGACGCAUCAGGUGAAGAGCUGGCCGACGCACCUUCACACAGCACCCGAACUCGCAAGCACGGAACGAGUAGCUCCAUCGACGACAAUGUACCUCCUAGCAAGCGAGCCAGAACACGAUCGAGUGCGAAUUCCGUCGAGCACAACGGAGCAGACGAACAAGACCCUAGUGACCCAUCAAGCACGGCAGAAGGGACUGAUCAAGAGACCGAAAAGAGCAGCAGCAAUGGAGACAGGACACAGAAAGUCCCAAGCUCCGUCACCAAAGCUGUGGUCAACGGCCAAGAGCAGCCGAUGGCCUCAGUGCCCAAGGCAGGACUGAGAGACCCUGUAGGGGGAUACAAGACAAAUCCACCCCCUGAAGGGCGAGCUGUGAGGGUGUAUGCCGAUGGUGUCUUUGACCUCUUCCAUCUAGGACACAUGCGGCAGCUCGAACAAGCCAAAACAGCCUUCCCAAACACAUAUCUCAUCGUCGGUGUGACCGGAGACGCGGAAACUCAUAAACGCAAAGGUCUCACUGUCCUGACAGGCGCCGAACGUGCCGAAACAGUCCGACACUGCCGAUGGGUGGAUGAAGUCAUUCCCAACUGUCCCUGGAUCGUGACGCCCGAAUUUCUAGAGAAGCAUCAGAUAGACUAUGUGGCCCACGACGAUGAGCCCUAUGGUGCGGACGAGGGCGACGACAUCUACGCGCCGAUCAAGAAAGAAGGCAAGUUUCUCGUUACUCAACGUACUGAGGGUGUGUCCACAACUGGAAUCAUCACCAAGAUCGUCCGCGACUACGAAAAGUAUAUCGCUCGCCAGCUCAAACGAGGCACGUCGAGACAGGAGUUGAAUAUUUCGUGGCUCAAGAAGAACGAGCUCGAGCUGAAGAGGCACGUCCAGGAACUCAGGGAUAACAUCAAGACAAACUGGACUACUGCAGGUGGCGAGAUUGGUCGAGACCUCCGACAGUUGUGGCAAAAUGCCAGUUCUCGGCCUGCCAGUCCAGCACCGUUUACUAGGUCCCUUUCUGCCGAGGGCAGCGUGCUUAAGAGUCCAACGGCAGCCAGUGCGGUCGAGCAUCUCAAGCAUCUCGAAGUUCCGGGCAGUGCGGAGCGAAGGAGCGAUUCUCCUGGUAGAUUCAGUCGCAGCGAUGACUUUGCGGCAGGUUACUCUCUGGGCCUGAUCGGUGGUGUCAAGUCUUGGAUGAUGCGAGGCCGACGCGCACUCAGAGACAGCCAACCCCCAAGCCCGGAUGGCAGUGAAGAUGACGAAGCUAGAAGCCCCCUCAGCGCCACAGUCAGCAACGGUGGCGAGAUGAUUUCGGGCCUGAAGACGCCUCCAUUCUUUGGACGAGGCCGAAAAGGGAAGAGCUCAAGCGAACCUGACUUCGAGCAGGGCGAGACAGAAGACCAUGAAAGGGAUGCUAUGGAUGUCUUGCACUGA